AACUGACUUCAACUUGUCGCCUAGCCAACAACCAUGAACUUCGACGAACCUGCCAAAGGAAAAGGAACUAUACAUAGAAACAUAUAAAUGGGUCGUCACAAAUAAGAAAUCAGGAAUUUCGCUGAGUUACCAACCUGCGUCUGCCGUUUGAGGCUGGGAACAAGUUCCACAGAUUUUCUCUACACCCAUGGACAGUUGCAAAGAUAAAAUCAAGGAGCUGUACAAAAUCGGCGACUGGCGAGGUAUUGUUCGGCUCUUCGAAAACGGUUUUUGCGACGAGAAACUUCUCUGGUUUCAGCCGGACUUGGACGGAGUUGAUUUUCUAGUGAAAAGUUUAACAACAAUCGGAGUAAAGGGAAUAUCUAGUAUUGGUUGUGGUACUGGUCUGCUCGAAUGGAUCAUUAAUUCUUCAACAAGUCUGCCUGUAAUAGGCUACGAAAUUGACCAAGGUUGGUGGGAAAGCAGAUUUAGCCCUCCAAAAUUUUGGAAUGAAAUUGAAUGCAUUGAUCCCGCAAUAGUGCCACGACUUAAUCCUCAGUUUGCGUUACUAUUCUGUUACUUCAACAAUUUGAAAGCCUUUGAAGCGUAUCUCGAAAGCUACACAGGUGACUGUGUGAUUCUGAUAGGCCCGGAUGAGAAUAAUCAUGAACGUUACUGCGAUCCACAGCCGUUCCAGUUGAAAGACAGUGAAUGCUGGCGCAUUCACGCAAUCUGGCGAACUAAGUUCCUCGAAGCAAUUGUUAUAUACAGAAAAUCUGCUAUCUAAUACCACUGUGAUAAUAAAAUUCUUUUUAUUUACCCUCUGAUUUGAUGCACAUGCAUAUCGAAUGAUAACAUUACAAAAGGAAAUCCAGUGCGAAACAAAACUGCAUUCAUGGUGGAGCUUUGAUUCCCCCUAUUCUUGUCGUGUGU